AUGAGGCAGGAGCCCUUCUCUCUUGCACUCCUGCUCGUGCUUCCUCCAGAGCACAUAGCGAAUAUAAACAAUGUGACUGAAUUUGUCUUCUCGGGCCUCUCCCAGAAUCAGAAGCUGCAGAAAAUGUGUUUUGUGCUGUUUUUAUGCUUCUAUAUAACCAUCAUUCUUGGAAACCUCAUUGUUCUCACUAUAGUUAGCAGUCAGCAUCUGAACUCACUCAUGUAUUUCUUCCUGAGUUACCUGUCCUUCGUAGACAUCUGCUACUCUUCUGUCACAGCUCCCAAAAUGAUUGAAGACUUCCUUGCUGAGGGGGGGGAAAAAAUGAUCUCCUUCACUAGCUGCAUAGCACAGCUGUUUGGAGUCCAUUUCUUUGGUUGCACUGAGAUCUUCAUCCUCACGGUGAUGGCCUACGAUUGCUACAUUGCAAUCUGCAAACCCCUCCAAUACACAACCAUCAUGACUAGACACAUGUAUGGCCAGAUGAUGGUGGCUUCAUGGGUAGGGGGCUUUGUGCAUUCCAUGGUACAGACUCUAACCAUCCAGUUACCUUUCUGUGGGCUCAAUGAGAUCGACCAUUAUUUCUGUGAUGUUCACCCUUUGCUACAACUGGCUUGUGCUGAUAUUGUUGGCAUCAUAGUUAUUGCCAAUAGUGGGAUGAUUGCUUUGGGCUGUUUCCUUCUCUUGGUUAUAUCCUACAUUGUGAUCUUAAUCUCCUUGCGGACACAUUCUUCUGAAGGGCGUCAUAAAGCUCUCGCCACCUGCAGCUCCCAUAUUGCUGUAGUGAUUUUGUUUUUUGGACCUACAUCCAACCUUCUAGACUUGUCAGAGGACAAGGUGGUUGCUGUAUUCUACACCAUUAUCACCCCCAUGCUGAAUCUUCUGAUCUACACACUGAGAAAUGAUGAGGUGAAAGGUGCUAUGAGAAAAUUAUGGAGCAGAAAAGUGAUGUCAGAUGGGAAAUCAAAAGGGUGA